AGAGAGAAAGGGGAAGAGGGGGAGAGAGAGAUCCCGGUCGGCUGGGUUGUAUUGUACCUUAUCCCAUCCAUCCGAGCAUCACAUUCCAAUAAUCCAAUACGAAUACGUUUGGGUUUGUUGUCUGCCACACAAAAAUCAGAAAUCCCCCUGAAUUUUCGUUCACCCUUCGAUCAAACCCUCGAAGAAGAACACGCCCAUUUGGCCAAUUCUGGAGAAUCCUUUGCCCCAUGGAGAACAACCAGCACCAGCAAGCCCAGUCCUCCCCGUACCCACCUCAAACCCCUGCUCCUCCUCCUUUCCACCACCUUCUCCAGCAGCAGCAGCAGCAGCUCCAGAUGUUCUGGUCUUACCAGCGCCAAGAAAUCGAGCAUGUCAACGAUUUCAAGAACCACCAGCUCCCCCUUGCUCGAAUCAAGAAGAUCAUGAAGGCCGACGAGGACGUCCGCAUGAUCUCCGCCGAGGCCCCCAUUUUGUUCGCCAAGGCCUGUGAGCUUUUCAUCCUUGAGCUCACCAUUCGAUCUUGGCUCCAUGCCGAGGAGAACAAGAGGAGGACCCUCCAGAAGAAUGACAUAGCCGCUGCCAUCACCAGGACUGAUAUCUUUGAUUUCUUGGUCGAUAUUGUGCCCAGAGAUGAGAUCAAGGACGAGGCUGGCCUUGGUGGCAUUGUGGGUACCACGGCCAGUGGUGUUCCUUACUAUUAUCCUCCCAUGGGCCAACCUGCUGGCCCUCCAGGAGGCAUGAUUAUUGGACGGCCGGCCGUGGAUCCCACCGGAGUGUACGUGCAACCUCCAUCGCAGGCUUGGCAGUCGGUAUGGCAGACAGCCGGUGAGGAUGGAUCAUAUGGUAGCGGUGGCAACAGUGGACAGGGCAACCUUGAUGGUCAGAGUUGAGCAGCGAUUAUUGCGAAUGAUGCCGGUGUUGACUGUUGGGGUUAUGAAGUUGGUGGCGUUGUGCUUGGAAUUUUUGAUUGCUUGUGAUUUAGAAAUGCUUUGUUAACUAUUAAUUUAUACAGGAUGACGUUUCAAACCUGUUAACUUGAUCCAGCAAUUAAACAACAUCAUGAUUUAACUGUUUGAUGUACAAAUAUCCGUAACUGAUGAACACUGAUCUUCUUGUGUCUAACGCAUCAGCAACAUGUUUGACAUGACCCCUUCUAUCCCUGAGAAGUAUUUUUAUGUCAUUACUUGGAUUUGUA